CGGAGAGUUUGCGGUAAAGCGGAAAAAAUCGGAGAGAGCUGUCCCUUCCGGCUCUUAAUAGCGAUUGGCAUGUAUGCGACAUAGAUACAUUUCAAUAUCACGAUGCGAAGAACUUACAGAUCAAUUAAUAUGCUGCCAGCCAUUUGGAUACUCAUCGUGUUAGAUCUAUUGGUCAAUGCACAAACGGUGCCCUGCAACGGCGGUUUGGGUAGGGUGGUUUACGAGAGACUUCCGGAUCAGCAGCUUCAGGGUUUCGACGACGAUGUGAUACGAGAGCCGGGGCCUCCGUUUAGGGUGAUGGAGAAGUGUCAAGAGCUCUGUCUGCGCGACAGACCGUCGUCAAACAAUCUGGUCCGCGCAUGCACGAGCUUCGACUUCCAGCCCGGGAACAGAAUCUCGUCCUACGGCGGCGUCGCCGAGUACGACGAGAGUACUUGCUAUUUAACGAGGGAACAGGCGCAGCCGGAGGGCAUCGGAAAUCUCAUGCUCGUACCGAACAGCGUGCACUUCACCGAAGUGUGCCUAGCGUCCGACAGAAUAGAGAGGGAAUGUCCAAAUCGUCGUUACGUGUUCGAGAGGCAUCCGAGAAAAAAGCUAAAGCUACCCUUGACUGACAUCAAAGAAGUCAGCGCCGCUAACAGAACCGACUGCGAGGACAGGUGCCUUAACGAGUUCAGUUUUGUCUGCCGAUCGGCGACAUUCGACACUGCCCUCAGGAGUUGCUCUCUCAGUCGUUUCACCAGAAGAACACAUUCCGAAUUACUGGAGGACGAUCCGAAUUCUGAUUAUCUGGAAAAUACUUGCCUUAAUGCCGAAAGGCGAUGCGACGGGCUCGCAGUGUUCGUCAAGGAGGAAAACAAAAGUUUACGCGGUCCGUUUGAGGUGGACUUAUAUACGAAUCUCACUUUGGACGAAUGUCAGGCGCUAUGUCUCAGAGCGGAGAAAUACUUCUGUCGCAGCGUCGAGUUUGACGAGCAAACUCGGCAGUGCGUCAUAUCCGAGGAGGAUUCCGUCUCGCAAAAAGACGACAUUGGAGUUAGCAACAGCAUCAGUCGUCACUUUUACGAUUUGGUGUGCUUAGAUAAUCCGCGCGGCUCCGAAUACCCGGACAGCAGCUCGACGUCGCACCUCUUCUCCGACGGUCGUCGCCCGGACACGGCCUUCCAACGUUACCGGGACUCGCGUCUGAGCGGCGAGUUCCACUCGGAGAUCACCGGACGCAGCCUGAGCGAGUGUCUGGACGAGUGCCUCCGGCAGACGAGCUUCCAGUGCCGCAGCGCCGUAUACUCCGAGCAUUAUCACACCUGCCGAUUGAGCCGGUUCAAUCAGAAGGACGGUAACCGGAUCAUCUACGAUGUCGAUUACGACUAUUAUGAGAAUCUCAUGCAUCAAUAUCUAGACGGCGAUCGCGACGGCGGCCCUGGAUACAGACCGGAUCCCCUGGGACAAGACACAAACUUUGGACGACCCUCUUUAGGAAGACCCGGAUACCCGGACGAUUACGACAAAGGAUAUACCAGCAGUAUUAAACCAGAUCGUUAUCCCGACCGCUAUCCGGAUCGUAUGCCGGACCGUUAUCCGGAUCGAUAUCCCGAUCGCUAUCCUGAUCGCUAUCCCGAUCGUUAUCCAGACCGUUAUCCAGACCGAUAUCCCGAUCGUCGUCCCUUAGACGAUAGAUACCCGGACAACAGAUAUCCUCAAGACUCCGACAAUUAUCCCGAUCGGUAUCCUCUUGGUGAUCGAUAUCCUGAUCGGUAUCCCGCGGGAGAUCGAUAUCCCGCUGGCGACCGUUAUCCCACUGGCGAUCGUUAUCCCGCUGGCGAUCGUUAUCCCGCUGGCGACCGUUAUCCCGCGGGAGACCGUUAUCCUAUGACUGAUCGUUACCCAGUUGGCGACCGUUAUCCAGACCGAUAUCCUAUAUCCGACCGAUAUCCCGUUCGGGGAGGAGAUCGACGUCCCAGUGUUAAUGGUGUCAAUAGAUAUCCCGACGCCGGAACUCUAGGGAGGUAUCCCCCGAAUGACCGAUAUCCCGCGAGUGACCGAUAUCCCGUGAUACACGGGGUCCGCGUGACUUCAAGCCGAUAUCCUAUCGAUAUGGUCGAUCGGUAUCCCAACAUGAUCGAUCGGUAUCCUUAUCCGGAAGACCCCAUGGACCGAUAUCCUCUGGGACUAGGUGACAGAUCUCCUGCCGAUCGAUAUCCAGCUAGCGGGAGAUAUCCGGAGAAAGACCCUUAUGCCAACCGCAGGUAUCCGCCUGGCGGCGGAAUGUACUCGCACGGAUUCUUCGACGACGUUCGCGGUCCCCAGAGCCACGGUGCCGAGCAGCGACCUUACGCCGGCGGGCCUUACGGCCCGGCGCGACCCGUCGGCGGAUACGGCGGCGGAUACAGCGGCGGCGGCGGCGGCGGCGGCAGCGGCGGCGGUGGCGGCGGCGGCGGCGACGGCGGUGUCAUUGGUGGCGGAUACAUAGGCGAAGGCGGCGUCUACAACACUCGUCCGUUUGGAACUGCCGGCGGGCCCAUCAUAGGCAGACCCCCGUUGGUGUCCAGGUGCGACGAGCAGGACAACUUCAGGCAGGUCGGGUCUCACACCAGAGUGCGGAAGCCGUUCGUUAGGCGGUACACGACCUCCUCGUCGUUGGGUCAGUGCGAGAGAGAGUGCGCCGACGCCAGAGACUUCGUUUGCAGGUCCUUCAAUUACCGGCCGUACGCCGCGCCUUACGGGGCCGAAAGGGACAACUGCGAGCUCAGCGACCGGGACUCCAGGGACAUGGACAUGGGCAAUCCGGUUUAUUACGACUCGGGCUCCGAUUACGACUUUUACGAGAGGAACAACGGCCGCCAGGGCGCGGACGGGGAAUGUCUGGACGUGAGCCAAGUCUGUAGCGAGGACGGGAUGGAGUUUACUCUGAGAACGCCGGAGGGAUUUAUCGGGCGAAUCUACACGUAUGGAUACUACGACCGGUGCUUCUUCCGCGGGAGCGGCGGAACCGUGAACGUGCUCCGUAUCAGCGGACCUCAGGGAUACCCCGAGUGCGGCACACAGCGAUACGGCGAUACGAUGACGAACAUCGUGGUGGUGCAAUUUUCGGACUACGUGCAAACCGGCCGGGACAAACGGUUCAACCUGACGUGCAUGUUUCGGGGACCCGGCGAAGCUGUCGUCACAUCCGGCUACAUCGGUGCCGGGUAUGCCAGAUCAGGGUCUCCCAUCCCCAUCGAAUAUCUCCCAGCGGAGAACACCCUGAGCUCCAGAGUGCGCUUGAUGAUUCUCUAUCAGGGUAGACCCACGACAACCAUCGCCGUCGGUGAUCCUCUCACUUUCAGACUCGAAGCACAGGACGGGUACAAUUAUGUAACGGAUAUAUUUGCUACCAACGUUAUCGCAAGAGAUCCCUACUCCGGUAGAAGUGUACAACUGAUAGACAGAUAUGGCUGUCCGGUGGACAACUACGUGUUCCCGGGUUUGGAUCGCCUCCGCGACGGCGACAGCCUCGAGGCCCGCUUCAACGCCUUCAAAAUACCCGAAUCGAAUUUCCUGGUGUUCGAGGCGAACGUGCGAACGUGCCGCGACGGCUGCCAGCCGGCGUACUGCUCCGGCGGCAGCGGCAGAAGCGAGCCGUCCUUCGGCCGGCGGCGGAGGGACGUAAGUAACGAUACGGUGGCGAACGUCGAGGACGAGGCGUCGCCGAUAACGACGGUGACGGACGGUGACUCUAACAACGCGUCGGCGACGAUUUUCAACGCGACCGACGCUGCGAGCGAUGAGCUGGAUAACGAAGAGGAAGAGGAGCACGUCAGGGAAAUGAUAGAGGUUCUCGACUCGAGAAUGGACAUUGAGGAGAACACCGUCGUCGAGAGGCAAACGAAGAUGUUGGAAAACAUUUGUAUAACGCAAAACGAAUACUACGGCUUGGUUACCGCGGUGGGGAUCCUCGUCGUGCUCUUGGCCUCCGUCGUACUCUUAUCUAUGCUCGUUUACAGAAAAUACGUUUAUUCCGUGAUAAUGAAAAAUCGUAGACUCGACAAAACCUGCAAUCGUAGCAGCCAUUCCGACGAGCCUUACAGCAGCCGAGUCAACAACUUUUCUUUCAUGAGAGCAGGUCUUCAGAAACCGUUUCAGCCGUCAUCGAUCUCGAGAUCAAUGAGCAAUGCCAUCAGCCAACGUCUCGCCUCGUCGCCCACCACUCUGGAGGGUGCUGUGGGAUUGUCCACCGGCCGACGUGGCGGUUUCGAUCCGAGCGAACCGAUCUACACCGAUCCCUCGCUCUUCGAGGUCACCCGUUGCUCGAACACCGCGAAAUCGGCCCUCAGCGACAACUUUCACCUUAUGUAG